AACCACCGCCGCCCUACCUUCACAAACUCGUUUUGUAAGGAAAAAAACAAUGGAACCCCCCCUUCCCAUGGAAGUAGGCGGAGGUGGAGGAUCCUCGUUCCCGACGACUCGCGAGGAGUUCGAGGCUGAUCCGCGGGUUUCCUGGUCGAGGCUCACGGGGAGGUGGUCCCUGGAGGCCGACGAUGGGACGGAGUUUGAGUAUGAUGAGGGUAUUAAGAGAUGGGUUCCUGUGGUUUGUUUCCGCCGCUACCUCGCUGGUUGGAUUCCACUAAAAAGGUGGAUAGCUCGAUGAGACACUCGCGGAGCUGCAAAGAGCUGCAUAUGCGGUCGCGGGAGUAGACGAGAGUGAGCCUGCGGCGCCGGUGAAUAAGAAGAGGAAGAAGGUGUAUACUUCUAACGAAGGGAAUGAGGUAUGGUACCACCUUCAACUUCCCCCUCACCCAUCUCCCGUUCUUUAUAUCCACUGUGAACGGUAGGACCCCAUACACUCCAAAAAGUCCAAAAACACCAAAGACUCCUUAUCUCCCACCGACCCUACCGUCACCACCACCUCCUCCUCCUCCGCAGCGCCCGCGCGCAAAAACACCGCAGUAUACAUUACCAACCUACCCCCUGACACAACAGAGGAGGAAGUCAAAGAGGUAUUCUCCAAAUGCGGCGUAAUAGCCGAAGAAAUCGACCGCGGGAAGCCCCGCGUCAAGUUAUACAGGAACGAGGAUGGUAGUGUCAAAGGCGAUGCACUAGUAGUCUACUUCCGCCCGGAGAGCGUGAACCUGGCGGUGCAGAUGCUGGACGAUUCGGAUUUCCGAUUCGGCGUCAGUGAGGGGGGAAGGAUCAAAGUGCAACCUGCAGACUUCAGUUAUAAAGCUCAUCAGGACGCGCCGGUCAGGAAGAACGCUAGGGAUAAGAAGAAGGUCAUUGCCAAGACGCAGAAGUUGAACAAGUUUGUUCCCCCUCCGCUUAACUGUCUAGCUCCAGCUAGCUAACAUACAGCGAAGCAAACUGGCAGACUGGGAUGACGACGACCCUUCCAAAAUCCUUGACACAGCCUCCAAAUACGACAAAGUCGUGAUACUAAGACACAUGUUCACGCUCAAGCAAUUGGAAGAAGAUCCCACCGCAAUCCUGGACUUGAAGGAAGACAUUCGCGAGGAAUGCGAGAAACUCGGGGACGUCACGAACGUUGUUCUAUAUGAUAAGGAAGAAGACGGAAUUGUCAGUGUCAGGUUUGCCAACGCGGAGUCCGCCAAGGCUUGUGUUGGGGUAUAUAUAUGCUACCCCCCCCUCUCUCUCCCGUUCUCGUGAAACCAGAGUAAGGCUAAUGGUAGGGCAGGUAAUGCACGGCCGCUUCUUUGACGGGCAAAAGGUCGAAGCCUACAUUUUUGAUGGGUUAGAGAAGUUCAAGAAGACUAGUGCUAAGAAGACUACAGAGGAGGAGGAGGCAGAGCAGGAAAGGUUGGAAAAGUUUGGGGAUUGGCUAGAGGAGAGUGGGGAAUAAGUUCUCUCUCUCUCUCUCUUCCAUUUUCACGUUAUAUCAACUUCUCACUUUUUGUGUCCCCCCCCCUUUUUUUUUUCUAAUUGUCAGGUUGGAGUUUACGCAUAAGUCUAAUUGUGUAUUAUAUAUAUAACUUGUACUCUUUUCCUUAUCUUCUUCUCCCCCUCCUUUGCUUUACUUUACUUUACUCUACUAUGCUUUUCAUUACCAUAGCCGAUGACAUUUCUUAUUGCCAUUCCUGAGAGAAAGCAAGAACGAUAGCUUAAUUACUACCCACGCUCGUUCAUUCAUUUAUUCAUUCAUUCAUGACAUGAUAAGGUAAUGCAAACUUGACAAACAAACAACCACACAAAUAGACAAACCUCUUGUUUUUUGCUGUUGAACGCCGAGCAAAGUGAUAACGAUACCAUAGACACCAUCGAACCGAGGAUAACCAACCAAUCCACGCCAUCACAAUUACUGGCCAGUAAUCGUGAGAUGUGGAUGUGAGAAGGGGGAAAAGUGAACUAGAAAGUAGGAGCCUCCGAGUGGCAGUUAUGGUAGUGUGAUAGCCAGAAAACCGAAGAAAACCGAGCCCAGAUAAGAUAUAACCCCCCCCGAUAAGAUACGAAAAUGAAAAAUAAAAUAAAAAAAGAUCCCCGGGAUCAAUCGCUAUCGCUAUCCCCAUUAUCAAGUGCCUCAUCAUCUUCUUCCUCCUCUUCGUCCGCUACCACCGCACUUCCACCCUCUAUCUCAUCCCCAUCAUCUUCACCCUCGGUCUCUGUAGCAUCUCCAUCCUCUGCUUCUUCUUCUUCUUCCUCCUCCUCCUCC